ACUCAUAAAAUUGGAAGAAGAAAAAACUCCGUAGCACGAGUUUAUCUGAAAGAAGGUAGUGGAAAAUUCACUAUCAACGGAAGAGACGGAAAAAAUUAUUUUCCUACCGCUCUAUUACAAUACAAAUUGGAACAACCCUUUGCUCUAACCAACACCACAGGACAAUACGACGUAGUGGUAAGCGUAUUCGGUGGAGGAACUACCGGACAAGUAGAAGCCGUUCGUUUAGGAAUUUCAAGAUGUUUGGUUUUAAUUAACGAAGAAAACAAACCGCUUUUAAAACCCGCAGGACUUUUAACUCGAGAUCCUCGUAUGGUAGAAAGAAAAAAAUUCGGACAAAAGAAAGCAAGAAAAAGAUUUCAAUUCUCCAAACAUGCCGGUGUGCAUUUUGGUCACUUAACUCGAAAAUGGAAUCCCAACAUGGCUCCCUAUAUUUUUAUGGAGAAAAACGGGAUUCAUAUCAUAGAUCUGCAUAAAACUGCAGUAAAAUUAGAUGAAGCCUCCGAGGCAUUAAACAAAAUAGCUUCAUCCGGACGAAAAGUACUUUUCGUUGCAACUAAAAAACAAGCCAAGGAUAUUGUAGCAAAACAUGCGGAAAGCAUCAAUAUGCCCUACAUUACCGAACGUUGGCCCGGCGGAAUGUUAACCAAUUUUGUUACCAUUCGUAAAGCGGUAAAAAAAAUGAACUCCAUUGACAAGAUGAAAAAAGAUGGAACAUUUGAAACACUUUCAAAAAAGGAACGAUUACAAAUAGACCGAUUAAGAGCCAAUCUUGAAAAAAACUUAGGUUCAAUAGCAGAUAUGACU